UUGAUACGAACGCGUCCUUAGCAAACAUGACAAAACUUCAACCCGGCAUGCUUUAAAAGCUGAAGCAUCAAUCGGAUAAGGUACCACUGAUAAUUGAAUUCAAUAUGCCUGAACAACUGACUCUGUACUUACACAAGCUUUCUCCCUACAGCCACAGAAUCGAGCUGGCACUUGCGGAAGCAAACAUCGAGUACAAGGCUUACCAAGUCGACCUCUUCAAUAAACCCAAGUGGUUCGCUGCUCAAGUGAACCCCAUUGGCAAGGUACCCACAAUCACCUACGGUGGUCCAGACGUCGACCCCAAGGACCCAUCCCCUCUAUCAUUCAAACUUGCAGAGUCCAACGUGAUCCUCCAAUUCAUCGCAGAGCUCUACCCAGAGUCCGGACUACUUCCCAAGGACCCUGUAGAGCGCGCUAAAGUACUUUUCUUCAUGGACACCGUGGACCGCCACUUUGAUAAGCCAGGUAACGAGUGGAUGUACGGUCGCACAGAGUCUUAUGACGGGUAUCUCAAAGGGGUCGAAAUAAUCCAGGGGCUUCUGUCGGAGAGUGGCGAGUUCGCCGUCGGAGGUUGUUAUACCAUUGCCGACGCAUGCAUUGCGCCGCUCCUUUCGAGGUUGAAGGUCACCUAUGAGACUGACAUCGGAGCGUUCCCGGUGGGGCAGGGUAUCAAACUCGGGGAAGAGUUGAAAGGGCCCAAGUAUGCCAAAUUUAUGAAGUAUGCGCAGGCCAUGUUGGAAAGGCCGAGCCUGAGGGACACGAACGAUGAGACAUAUCUGGCGGAAACUUGGAAGACAUUGAUUACUGAGCGUCGAGAGUGAGGUGACAGCACCGUAAAACGUAAAAGGCACUCGCAUCUUAUUGAAGAGAAUAUCUCUUGUACCCUGGUUGUGCUUCAUGUGCAGGUGUGAUGAUACCGUACUUGUAUUCAAGAUAACUUUGUAGGACGUGCACCACUGCAUCCAAAUACGUGAUCCUUUAAAUUCAUCGCAAAGCUCUACUGGCUACUCCCCAAGAAACCCGUCGAGUGUGCACGAAAUAACAUGAAUUUCAACGAGCCAAAUGAUAU